AUGGAAGUAUUUUUCAUCAUACGCUAUAUUUUGUCUCUCUUCUGUCUGUUCAGUAAUAUACUAGUUUGUGUGGCUAUUUCUCGAAAUCUUCUUCUACGUGAAAGCCCAACAUUUCGUAUUUUGAGCGUCAUAUUCAUAGCUAAUAUAUUAGAUUUGAGUAAGCAAUGUGCUUACAAUUAUCCAUCUGAUAUUAUUGGCGCACCGGUUGUGAAGCCUCCUUAUGAUAUAAUAUUUCACAUCAUUGGUAGUGCAACAUGGUUUGCUGAAUUAUAUCUUCUCAUUUGCAUGGCUCUCUCUCACUAUAUCGCGCUCUAUCAUGCACCUUUCUAUUUCAAGAUUCGAACGCAGCAGUUAGAUCGUUUUAUAAUUAUUAUUUUGAUUAUUGCUGUUCUUAUUGGUUGUAUACAUUUGAUCAUACCAAAGAGUGGUUUUGAUUAUGAUAAAGUGGAAAGUAGAUGGGUAACAAACCCAAAUACGUUUGUCAUGAAGUUUAGAUCUAUCAACAACUAUGGAACACAGAUUGUCACUUUGAUCACAUUGGUAGCUACAGAUGUAUUCAUUUUCAUGAAGUUUUGCAAACGGAAGAAUAGAGUUCAGGUCAAUUCCUUUAACUCUAACGGUUCCAAUCGAAUGACGACAUCCAUCACUAAAGUGCAACAGCCAAGAUUGGGUAAAGUUUCAAAUUUGCGAGUUGCAGCCAAUUUUAUUAUUCUUAGUAGCUGCUUGAUAAUUCAAACUAUUAUUUAUAAUUCAAUUACGACGAAAGAAUUGAACUCUUUGGUUGCUAACAUACUGAUGACAAUCGCACCUCUCUUUCGAUAUUCAAAGUGUUGGAUAUAUUGCAUUUCCGGAAGUCAUUUAAGAAAAGCAUUGGUGAACAUGUGGCCAAAGCGCCUCUCAUUAGCAUAA